GUACAAAUGUCAACAGAAAAACUGAUAACCAAAUAGUUGACAAACAAAGCCGGCCAAAAUCAGGAACCGGGAACAACAAUCCCGUAUUUUGUCGACCUUUCCCCCACCAUCCUAGUAUGGAAUAGUGGAAUGUAGGUCAAACUCGUUUCGCGAAUCGCAAGCUCCCCCUACCAUCACGUGGUUUUGUUGUUAUCAUCAGCUGUGGCCGGGCCGCUACACCGGCAUUCUGAGGAAUUUUCGAAGCGUCCUUCUAUAGUUUUCUCUUUCCAAAAUCGAACAGAGGAAGGGAGAUGGAAUGCGCGUUCACGUUGACUACAAUCAGCUGAUGUUACGCUUGCCGGCCGGCUCGAAAUCGGCAGUCAGUGUUCAGCUGUUUUGCUUUGCUACAGUAUCCCUGAGCAUAGCCCUCUUGAUCUAUUAUGAUUAUGAGUUUUCGUUACGGUAAUGUGUAUCAAGGAAAAGUUGUUCAAUUGAUUGGUCAUAGUUCAAUACAGUGCUUCACCUACACUCAACAAUCUGUGCAAAAACUGAUGGUUCGCAGGUUGUACUUUACGGAUGAUGUUGUUCUGUGAAAACUAACCAGAGAACUUUAUAUCACGAAGCGUGUUUUGAAUUUUUUCUUGAAACGGAAAAGUGUUAACGCUCGAGAUGUCGACUGGAAAGAGAUUGGCCAAAAGGUCUAUAAUCGGUACUCGAGUGUGUGCUCCUGGUGAGGAUGGUAAAUACUACUCUGGUGUUAUACAGGCAGUGAAAACCCCAGCUAAUUGCUCUUCCAACAAUAACUGUAUCAAUCUCACCCCCUAUACGCGAUAUACAGUGAAGUUUGACUCUAGGCAAGGCAAUUUGGGACGUACCAGUUGUGAGUUUUUCGAGGGUAACUUGAUCGGACCCGGCUUCCAAUCUGUGCUCGGUCUUGAACUUGUUAAAGGACAAAAAGUUUUUGUUACCCAUAAUGGCAGAGAAAACUGUGGUGAAGUCUUGAAACAUUACGUGGAGACGGACGAAGUACUGAUAAGAAUCCACCCCUCAGGCAACGAGUCGCCAUACGAAGUCCAAAAGAAGCUAGAAGAGGUCAGGUUGCUCGAGUCCAGGAAGUCAGCUAGAUUGGCUGACACUGAUACUGACUUUGCCCGCUUGGCAGACAUGGCUGGAGAUAGAAAAAGGCCAGCUUCACAGUCCAUUGAUGUUCCAUACUCCAAUGGCAGCCAAGGAUCUCGCAAACGUCGCACGAGCAGCAGCUACGACGACAGCUCGAAAGACUCCACGAUGGACGAGUGCAGCGCCGCCUUGGUCCUCAUGAGCCUCUCUUGCUCUCCCCAUUCCCCGAACUCAUUCGUUUUUCCCGCAGGUUUCCCAUGGUUGAGUGCCUCGCCUGAGAGUUGCAGCAGCUCAGCAUCUUACAGAUCGACCCCAUCACCACCUCCUCGUGAAACACCACCGCCAUACUUGUUGUCUUCUAGCAACGUCUCUGAUGAAGGAAUCGUUAUUGACUUUAUGGACGAGAACCCACGAAAAAAGAAGAACCUAACAAGAAUUGUCUACCAAUGCACCUGGCCAAGCUGUAUGAAGAGUACCAACUCACUAGAUUCCGUUAUAGCCCACAUCAGAAACGAACAUAUAACGGAAAAAGCAGCACCAGGAGAAGAGGAUUUCUAUUACUCAGAGAUCGAACUUGGGCUGACAAGUCCUCCCCCCACCCUCUCCCACAGGGACAUGGCUAGACCACCCUACGAAGAUCCAGAGUACCAACGGCAGCUGGUAGGAACCAUACGUCAAAACUUGCUUUCUGGUACUGUCCCCCUAAUUCCCCAAUCACCACACAAGAUAAUGAAGCUAUCGCCAAGACCACACAGUCCCAAGACUCACCCUGUAUCUCCGCGUCGUGUACGAGGGGAGAACAAAAAGUGCCGCAAAGUGUACGGCAUGGAGCACCGAGAACAGUGGUGUACACAGUGCAAGUGGAAGAAGGCUUGUUCGAGGUUUGGUGAUUGACUAAGAAAACGCUCACUCCGUCAGUAAUUAUGUUCUGCGAUAAAUGAACACUAGGUACUUUAUCGGCGGAAUAUAAUUAUUAAGAGAUCUCAAUAAAUUUCGAAGUACAAUAGUAGAUAUUCUUCAACUUCUCUUUGGGUUCCUACCAGAGACUUUGACCAAGCUCCAACGGUCAUAUAUUGUGAAAACAAUAAAUACCUCGUACUUUCACCGAUACUAUCAAUUAAUCUAUUAUUAAAGGUAACAAGAUACACCUACUACUAACAGUAGAAUUUUUUUUAGAUAAAAGAAAACAUUCCAACUAGGCCUACUCUAAUAUUUAUUUUUGAAAAUUAAAUAAAAAGAAAAUGCUACACUAGGUUAUCAUUCAUUCUAAUUUGAAUGAUUUACAAAGUAUUGCAGACAACUCGAUAUAAAUUUAUUUAAAAAAAAUUAAAAAUUAAAUUAAAUAUAACACAUAUUUUGAAAUUUGAAUCAUAUAUCAUGUAAUUAUGAUAUUUCAGCUAGAAAAAAUCAAUGAUUUAUGGCAAAUAAUUGCCGAAUAACUUAUCUUACUGCCAAAACUAUAUUGAGAUCAGAAUAUAUUUUCUGAGAAAUCUACCUCAAUUAUAUAUACAUAUCUAUUUGACAUCUGACAUUUGACAUCUGCUGGCAAGAACAGAUAGAUAGAAACAUUCUAGACUGGCAACAUGUAGGGUAAAAAUUCUUGAAUGGACAAAUAACAUAUUGAAUUGAAUAUAUUUGAAAAACUGCCAUAAAGCCUGACAAAGGUAUUAUUGACAUAACUACACAAUCAACGUUUUUGCACUCAAGCAAAUUCAAAAAGUCGUAAAAAACACUUUUCUCUUAAUUGGUGUUAAUUCCUAUUGUGGAGUAAUAUACACAUGACCGCUGGAGUAGGUUUCUGUAGAACUGAUAAAAAAAGGAACACCGAAAGAGCGGAUAAGUUUUUUAAAAAUCAACAACAAUAAGCGUAACUGCAAAAUAAGUGUUCAACCAAUAAUAAAGAGAUCAAGAUUUAUUCAAAAAGUGACAUUUGUGGACAUAAAGAACAUUUGAGUGAAAGACUGGAAAACGGCAACCACUUAAUAAAAAAGCAAUCAUGAAAUUAUUUACUUUUAAAUUGUUAACUAUAUGUGAGAUUAUAUUAUUAUUAUGGAUGGUGUGUUUGUUCGUUAGUUAGUUUAUAUAGUUUUGUUAGGGAAAGUUUGUCUUUUUGAAAAGUUUUAUUUCCGUGAAUUUUCAGCAUAUUGAAAGGUUUCCCUAGAUUAUGAAAUCAUGACGAAUGUUUCCAAUGUAACAAAAAUUUUUUCAUAUCGUAACGUUCAAUAAAAUUUAAGAUUCGCUAUUUCCAAAGAUUCUAGGGUUAUCUUUAUGUUGAAGGUUCACUUUUUGUUGAAUUUUGUAACUAGAGAGAUCUCCACUACCAAUGCGCAUAAUAGAAGUGCUACCUUACCUGUAUCUACGUGUUUGAAGAACAAUAUUCAGAGCUUCUUGAAACUUAUGCAGCAUUUACCUCAUCACCCUCUGUCAUUAAUUUUGAUUCUACUUAUAUCUCAUUAUAUUAUUAUUUGUUUCGAUUAGAAAUAAUAUCUUGUAUGUGUGGUUCAUGUUUCAAUCCAAGGUUGCUUGGAGUUUCAAAAUAUAUCAAUUUACCCUUUACCACUAAGAAUUACGAGUCUUGAAUUUUAAAAGGUCAGUAUUUACUUGGCUGAAUUGAUCAGAAAUUGAAGCCCACAAGUGUAAGCCUGCAAUCACGUGUACAGAUAUUAUAUAAACAUUACUUUGUUAUACAUCUUAAAUUUAUUAAUAAAAAGAAGGAAAAGUUUUAACAAAGAAAAGGAUUGUUUCAAUUUUUUCAAAGAUGUGAACAUCACAAAUACACCUAUUAACUCUGCUUUUCUUUGGAAGUUGAAUGGGAUCUGAUGAGAACGAGAACAAUCUACUUCUCUGCCAUAUUUUUUUUCAUUUAAGUUUCACAAGGGGCUUUAUGAAUGUUCAGUCACAUUCCGGCAUGUUUAUUGCCAGUAAAGCCUGCUCCUGAAGCAUUUUCGUUGUAGGUAUGUAUAUAUUUAUAUAUAUUUUUGAUGAAAAACGUUGUACGAUUCAUUAUAUCUCAUUUCAUUACCUCUUAUUUUACACUCAUAAUGUUUGCAUGUUAGAUAUUUAUAUAUAUUUUCAGAGUAUUCAUAUACAUAUAUUUUAUUAUUAUUGUAAGAUUGAGUAAUUUAAAGGUUCGUAUUGUAUAAUAUAAAAUUCACAAUUUUAAGACCUAUAUAUUUUACAUCAAAUAAAAUGAGACAUAAUCACCAAGCAUGUAUUCAAAUGGAAUUGUAUGACUGAUAGACAUUUGAGUGAACUUUUCCCGGAACUAUGGAUGAGAUAAAUUAAAUAUAUUAUAUUAUUAAUGAUAGAAAAA